AGCAAUGGCUGCAGAUUCUGUCAGUUCUGUCCCUGGAGGACAGCCUGCCUUGUUCAGCUCUGUGACAGUGUACUCCCUGGCUGCCUGUGCUGCACAGCUGAUUGUGGGCUACAUACUGGCACAGCGCCUUGGCAGGAAAUGCUCUGGCUCUGACAGAUGGACUCUGGUCUGGCUAUUCUAUGAUGCUAUUGUGCACUUCACACUUGAGGGUCCGUUUGUUUACCUGUCUUUGGUGGGAACAGUGGAUACGUCGGACAGUAUGAUGGCUUCAUUGUGGAAGGAAUAUGGAAAAGCAGACACUCGAUGGCUCCAUUCUGACCCAACCAUCGUCUCUCUUGAACUACUCACCGUUGUCCUGGAUGGACUUUUAGCUGUGGUUCUCAUAUAUGCCAUCAUCAAGGAUAAAUAUUACAGGCACUUUGUGCAGAUUACAUUAUGUGUAUGUGAAUUAUAUGGAGGAUGGAUGACAUUCUGUCCAGACUGGCUUCUUGGCAGCCCCAGCCUCAAUACCAAUAAUUGGCUCUACCUGUGGGUCUACCUAGUGUUCUUUAAUGGCAUAUGGGUUGUUGUACCAGGACUGUUACUUUGGCAUUCCUGGGUGGAACUCAGAAAAAUGCAUCUUGGCAAGCAGAAGCCAGGAAAGAAGUCACGGUGAAGAUAAAGGAGAACUAUUGGAAACCUUUACUCAUGUUUAUGAGACACUAUCAUCAAAUAAAAAAAUAAAUAAAAUGGGUUAUCAUCUUUAAUAAACCAA